GAGCUGAUGGAUGAGGAGUUCGACAGGGGCUUCAAAGAACUCCUAUCGGAAUCAGUGGCAUACGGUCGAUCUCAACGCCAACAGCAGGCCCCGCUGCGCAGUUUGCAGGACGACCGACUACGGCAGGCUCUGUCGACAGUACGGGUGGCUGAGCUGUCCAAAAAGAGUGGAUCUCAAUCGCCACCUAGCGAGGCAUCGAGACCAGCAGGCAUGAUGAAGUUCGUAAUGCGCACUAACAAGAAGGGUGUGUCGACUGCCGGAA